CUUGAGCUCAUCAUCUCACAUCCUCAACUCACUCUCUCUUCUUCUGAUCAGAGCAUCACCGAUUCUCAAAAUCACCAUGGGUUUGAUCUCUUCUCCAUCAGUCGACGAGUCUCACUCCCACACCCACAAGCUCUUCCUCUUCACCAACUACAUCCUCCUCGGCACCGCCUCGAGCUGCAUCUUCCUAACCCUCUCCCUCCGCCUGAUCCCUUCCGUCUGCGGCUUCCUCCUCAUCCUCCUCCACGCAACCACCAUCGCCGCCGCGAUCUCCGGCUGCACCGCCGCUUCCUGCGGGAGGAACCGGUGGUACUUCGCUCACAUGGUGGCCACCGUGCUCACGGCGAUAUUCCAAGGGUCUGUCUCCGUUCUCAUCUUCACCAACACGGCUAACUUCCUCGGGGGUCUCAAGUCGUAUGUCCGCGAGGAUGAUGCUGCUUUGAUCUUGAAACUAUGCGGUGGGCUCUGUGUUGCGAUCUUUUGUCUUGAGUGGGUUGUGUUGGUGUUGGCUUUCUUCUUGAAGUAUUACGGUUAUGUCGAGGGUGGUGAUGGGAGUGGAGGCGUUGCGAUGAAGAGAAGCGGUAAGGUGCAGUGUGAGGAGAAUCAUAAGGGAUGGCCAUUGUCGAUCCAAGUUUGAAGUCGGUGUCUUUUUGUGUUUUUGUGUGGUGAGAUUUGUUGAGAGCUAUUAUCAAUAUCAAAUGUUGGUUUUUGAUCUGUGUUCUAUCGGUAGUAUUGUGAUUUGUUCAUUUGUUAUUUGUAUUUGUCAUUCUUGUCAAUGAUUUACUACAUAUAUAUAAUAUGUUUCCUAUGGAUUAA